AUGGCAUUCAGUCCUAACGAUCACAGUAUUGCUAAGAAUAUUAGCACUAAUCAUAUUAACAAUAACAGAUUUAAUGUACAACCGAUACCUCUUAUUGAAACAUUCAAUACUGACGUAAAAUCAUCACAGUCUAUCCGUCAGGAACGACCAACAACAACAGUGGUAGUAGAACCAUCUUGUGAAGAAGUUUUACCUGAAAUACUGACUAGUCCAAUAACUUGUAUUUCUGAAAAUAAUAUUGCAAGCAAAAGAUGUCCUCCAAUAGUAGAUACUAAUGUAAAUAAUGUUGAUUUAGACAAUGAUAAUGAUAUUGAUGAUACCUACAAAAACAUUAGUCCUAUACAUUUUUCAGUUCAAAGUUUACCACAAUCGUGUAUUUCUGUAAAUAAUAAACCUUCCGUCAUUGAUUCAAAGAAUAUUGAUCAACUCGCCGUUCCUAAACUUGUCAAUAGUUGCAGUAGUAAGAACAAUGAAUGUGUAGUUAACCCUGUUGAUCAUCAUGAAAUACAAUCAGCUCGACCUCAUCUGGUGCGUCAAGCUCGUCUAAAUUCAAAACCAAUCAUUGACACGUCAUCUUUUAUGGAAUCGUUUAUUGUUAAAACAACAACAAAAGAAAAGAAGAAAAAAUCAGGUAAGCAUCGCCUGAUUCGUGUCAGAGAUAGUGAUGAUGAAGAUGAAAAUGAUAUCAACAUUAAAUGUGAUAAAUUAAAAAAUAAUAUUGGUGUUGUUGGUGGCGAUGAGGAUGGAAGUGACCGAGUCAUUGAAACCUGUUUCCGUCGGCCUGGUGAACUUGUAUUUAGAGUUGAUUCAAAAAAUGUCAAUCCAUCAUCAACGAUUGGUGUCAGUGACAAGCAGACAACUCGAUCCAAGUCGAAAUUAUCAACAACGACAAUCAAUCAACAGUCAAGAUCGAAAUCAAAACCUCAUACUACUACUACUGCUUGUAUUGAUCGUACCAAUAAUAAUAAGACUAACAAAGAUGUGAAUAGUAAUGAAUUUAAGAAAUUGUCGAAAGUAGUUGGAACGGAAAUUAAAACAGUGAAUAUUUUCGAUUUAUCAAUGAAUCGAACUGCUGAUCUAUCUGUUCUUCCGCCUACUUUAAAUGAUUUACGCAUUAAGCAUAAAGAACAACGACAACAACAAGUGAACUCAAACACUGAAGGUCAGAAAGAUACCACUGCCAAGAUGGCGAUGACGACAAGGAAACGUUCUGUUCUUGGUGAAUUACAACAACAAGAAGAUGAUAAACUCUAUUCUGUUGUAAAGAAUAAUAAUAUUAUAGAUGAACACCGUCGUCUUUCAGUUGUCUUGACUCCAAUAUGUGAUGAAAAUCAACCUCCAAUCGAUGCACCAAUAUCCAAUUCAAAAAAUAAUAAACGUCAAUUUCGUCGAUUAUAUUUAUUCGAUCAAGAGAACGAAGACAACGACGAUAAUGGCAAUGACGUUUGUAAUGAUUAUAGACUUAAAAAUAUGAAAGCUGACGUUGGUAAUACUGCAGGUAAACAAUCAAAAGAUAAUAACCCAACUUCUUCGAUUGGUAAGCUCGGUAAUAAUCGUAAUAGUAAUCUACCAAUGACGAUCAACCCUAAAGUAACUACUAGUCGAUCACGAAAAAGGAAUUGAUUGAAAAGAAAAGCACAUUAAUG